AUGUCCAUCUUGAUGACUCAAGUUAGCAAAUCCCCAGCAUCGGCUCCGCAAGACAAUCAAGCUUCCAGUAAACCUCGAUCGCCGGUCUCUUCUAAGACUAGACCAGUUGCACGACCUGCAAUCUCUCUAUCCUCUCCAGUUAGAGCUUCUUCCCAACGUCGCCCAGUCCAGACGAAAACAGCCAGAGAAAAUACAAUUUCAUCUCGAACAUUGCAAGCUCACGAAGAGCGAUCGAACGCAGCAAGUCUCAUCUCAAGUCUGCCCAGCUCAGCCAAAGCUACGUCAAUCAGUUCCGGCAGCAUCAACAACAGCACCCGGAGCCCCCGAAAAACCGGAAACACUCCCACCACGAAGCCAACCACCCAUCUCAAAACCCCGGCACCCUUCAAAAUACCAGGACCACAAUACGGUGCCCUGGGAGCCUCCUACACUGUCUCCCGCGCCCUGCAAAUGGUUUGCCUUAUAACCAUCAUUGGCAUCUGCUCGAACUUUAUCAUUCUCAUGGUCAGUGCCAAGCAGAAGCCAGCUGAUGUGAUGGUCGGUACUGUGUCUGUCGCCUCCAUCGCAGCCCUCUACAUAAUCAUAACCUACAUCCUCUACUUCGACUCCCUCCUUCCCUUCCUCAUUGCCUGCGCCCUAGAUUCUCUCCUCCUGAUCGCAGUCAUCGUCGUCGCCGUCACAGUCGGCAAACCCCUUUCCUACCUUGACUGCGCCGCGCUCCCCUUCUCGGGCGGCAACCGUGGGGAGUUCAUGAUGUCGGUAGCCAAGAACAUGCAGAAGGCCAACUACUGGGUCUGGGCGGGCGGGGACCGUACGAGCUGUUUCGAGAUGAAGGCCGUGUGGGGGCUGAGCAUUGCGCUGUGCGUCCUGUUUGCGUUCAGCGGGGUUGUGAGUGGGCUGAUGUGGAAGAGGAACCAGGGAAUUGCACCGCCGAAGGAUGUCGAAGGCUAA